AUGAGCACAGGUGUUCUGAGCGGCUCGUACACACCUACGAUCACCGGCAGUGACCCGACUCGCCAGGUGCAGAUGACAUCCAGCUCGAUCACCUCGAGCAUGACCGGCAUCUCACAGCAGCUGCGUGUGCAGGAUUAUGCGUCAUUCACGCUCACCUUCCAGAUCUCCACAGACAACGCAAGUGCCGACAGCUCCAAUAUCUUCUUUGGCAACACGUCGGCGAUCAUGAAUCCAUCGAGUUCGUUCGCGGCGCCGGCCUGUGGAUUCAACUUUGAGAUCUGGUCCGGCAGCACGCAGGGACAGGGUAUCCACUUUUACGACACCACUGCAACACGGCGAGUCACCAACAGCACCACGGCAUCCAAGGUCUGGGUCAACACCAGCGCCACCGUCGGCAGCGGGACCUGGUACUCAGUCCAGAUCGUCUACAACCGCAGCCCCAACAACACAUGGGCCAUCUCGAUUGGCACAAGCGGUGCCCCGACCACACCAUCGCUCCUGUACACCUACUCCGAUCCAAACCACACCGCAUUCCUGUCAGCUUCUGGAAGCUACUGGGGUGUCGCAUCGAUGGGAUACGGUGCCUCGACAAACCAAUACUUCCGCAACAUCAAGCUGGUCACCUAUGGCUCACCCGUGCAGACGCUCUUCAAUUUCUUCAACUGGUACAGCUUGUUGACCAUCGCGGGCGUUGCGACACAGCCAGCCGGCAGCCAGUACGAUCCGUACAUACAAGCCGAAAUGAUUCCGGGUACAGCUACCAACCAGACCGGGUACUAUUACUCGUCCGCUGUCCCGGUCGGCAAGUACUCGUACAUGUCAUUCGAGUGUGGUGCUUGGUAUGUGGGGUCGACCCCUGCCAACGGCUGGUUCUUCAUCUUUGGCUCCAGUUCCUCGGGUGCCACACUCACCAGCGGUAGUGUCGCAGUGUAUUUCAACUACAACAGCAGCUUCUCGAGCGGGUCGUACUCGGGUGCUGGGGUGUAUAUCAUCAAGAGCGGCACGGCCGUGGCCUACAGCUCCACCGGACUGAGCGGCAUAUCCGCGAGCACCUGGACCAGUCUCCAGAUCAUCUACAACUACCAGGCCACCAACACAUGGGUUGUCUAUGUCUCUGGCAGCGCCGUCCUGACUUGGAGCGACUCGAGCUAUGCCACGACGGCGACGGGUAUGGGGACGUAUUUCAACGCUGUGGCGCAGUGCGGCUCGACGCAGACCAUGCAGGUGUGGUUUGACAGACUCUCGCUCAUCUUCACGCCCCGCACCUUCUCGUUCAGCCAGCUGCGAACAGCAGCACCCGGAGUGAGCUCGAGUGGUGCAGUCAAGCUCUCUCAGUUCUACGGUGGCCAGGCGGCUGCCCUCUGUGGACUCAACAACACGGGAUCAUUCUCGACCAGUGUCACAUGGGGUAGCAGCCCUGGUGACGAAGGGUUCUAUGCCCGCGAUCUUGGUGCCUGGAACAUGAGUCCGUGGUUGCUCACGUCGAGCCAGAUGCCCGACUCGUCAGCGCGCUGGCUCUGGAACACGACGAGUGCAGCGACCAGUGCGUCGAACUAUGUGAUUAUCAACUUUAUCGUGAGCUACAGCAACACCAGCACGUCGAAUGUGAGUGCCACACUCUAUGCGAUCGUCGACGAUGCCAGUCUCAUUUACCAGAACAAGAUCCUCGUCGGAUCCACCAAGUGGUAUUACGGCGCGCAGUACACCAAGAUUGCGGUCACGCUCGUGCCGGGACUCAAUGUGUUUGAGUUUCUCUGCUGGAACAGCACAGGGUCGACGGCGGGUCUGAUCUUCUCGUGCAUUAACACAUCGAGCACCGUGCUCUUCCGCAGCGACAACUACAGCCCAGACACGGUGCUGACCAACUCGACCCGCACCAUCUACAGCGUCGUCGCGAGUCCGUCCUCGUUCACGAGCAACAUCCCGCAGCAACCGGCUCCGGUCUCGGAGAUGUGCAUUCUGGACCAGGUGUCAUCGACGGCCAAGAGCAACUGCUCGGGUGCAUAUGCACUCUUCCUGCUCACGACCACCUACACCGGCCCCGUGAUCAACAUCAUGCGGAGCAGCGACAGUACCAGUAGCGACGUCUACGCAGACAUGGGCGGCAACCUCUUUAUCGACAGCGCUCACCAGAGUCCGUACAGCACCUGGAUCAGCACGGCGACGGCCUAUGUAACCAAGUGGUAUGACCAGUCCGGCAACGGAAACCACUGCACGCAGACCACCACGGGUGCACAGCCGGUCAUGUAUCUGACCAACUCCACGGCAUACGGCUUCUAUAGUGUCAACUCGUCUUGCUGUGUCUGUAGCGGCAGUCGUGGAUGGGGCACGCUCUCGUACCUGAACAUGCCCUCGGGUGUGAUUCCAACGGGCACAUCGAAUGCGGCCUAUUCCUUUUGUAACGUCCACUACUGGGACGUUGGGGCAAGACGGGGAGGGAGGGGGUACAAGACAAGACAGGACGGGGCAGAACAGGGCGGUGCUAGGCUACUCUAG